AUGGCGGAGGAUCACAAAUUACCAGCGUCUCUCCUAAAGGCGCAGACACGAUUGCGUGAUGCGGUCAAGGAUCGUGGUGUGCAGAUCAGCGGAGGUUUAGGAACAGAUGGGGAAAUAUCUUUGAGCGAGCUCUUUGUCAAUCUUACUCUGCUGACAAAGGAUGAAGUAGAAACGCUUUUCAAGGGCGAGUCGUUCUUUUCCUCCGAAUCUGAGAGAGCACGCCAGCUAGAUGCUAUCAGAGCAGCUCAGGAUGGAAAGUCCGCAAAGACACGUGGCAUUGAGCUUAGCGAGAUCUUCUCUGACACAGGAAGCGAUAGUGCAAAGGGCCAAACAGGCGGCAGCGGAGUAAUUGAUUCCGAAUGUGGACUUCUGUCUCGUGCAGCUAGCAACGUGUCCAUUGGAGUGAAAAAGAAUAACGUGCUUGCGUUUGGCAGUGCGGGCAGUGGCAAAUCUACAAUCUUCCUUCUCAUGCUGGAAUACCUGUGGGCUAUAGAUUCGCUGUUGAAGGAGAAGAUUGAUCUUGUCUUGGCCGUUGAGUUACGACGUGCUGAGGUGCGAUCUGCAACUAGCCUGUGUGAGUUGCUGGCUGCUCGAUUCGACAGGUUGGACAUGGAACAAGAUGAGCUGGAGGAGAUAGCUCGCUACUUUCGCCGUCAUCCGUCACGUCUCUGUGUUGUGCUUGACGGCAUGGACGAAUGCAGCCUGGAGAAAUGUAGCCCGUAUAUGCAAGACAUGCUGUUGAGGGAACGCAGUGUUGAUAUGCAUGUGGUGGUCACAUCUCGACCAUGCGCCGAUGCUUACAAGUUAAGCCAAUGUGGAAAGUACCAUCAACAACUGGAGGUUAUCGGAUUCUCACAAGAGAACGUGAAGACGUACGUGAGAAAAGUGGUGGGCGGAAAACAAGCGGAGGAGAUGCUGGAGAAGCUGCAUGCACAGCCGGACAUGCUAGCAUUGAUGGGAACUCCAUUAUUUGCUGCUCUGGCAUGUGAGCUGUACCACAGCGGACGUGGCUUGGCGAAAUCGAGCACAGCAUUGUACGAGUCGCUACUUCUACGUGUCUUGGAGCGGAAUGCAGGCAAAUUGCACAAGUCGUUUGCCGAGGCGGAUGCACGGGAGAUUGAGUUGCUGUACGAGAUCUCCCGCUUUGCACUUGCAAUGUUGUCGGUGCAAAAGGCCGUGUUCAGCGAGUCGGACGUGAAAAGCGCUGGUCUAAGUGAUGCCGCUGUUCAGCUUGGACUCCUGAUUGCUUACAAAGACAGCAGCUCGACUGAGAACCGACAGUACCGCUUCGCUCACCUGUCCCUACAGGAGUUCAUGUCGGCAUGGUAUCUGUCACGCGAAGUGCUGAAGGACGAGCAUGACGCGGCAUGGCUGGUGAAGAGAGUCGGUCAUUACGGUGGUCACAUGUCAAUGUUCUGGCGCUUCGUCAUUACACUAUUACCGCGCAAGCCCUCGUUCGUCGUCAUGGAGCAUCUCUGGCGGCUAAUCUGUGAGGAGCGUAUAUCGUCGACAUCGGACACCGCCGACUCUCGUCUUGUGGCUGACAUUGUCAGCUACUUCCAUCGCAAGUCUGCACGUCCGGGUCUUGAAAGGAUGCAGUCCAUGCUUUGCGCAACGCUAACGUAUGAGAAAAUGCAAGAACUGGCCUACAAGCUGCUGGAGGAGACGUGCGGUGAGGGCAACGGCUGCCAACGUGUCGAGAGCGCUUUGCCACGGGGGAGAGAGUUGACAGACGAACUAUUUCUGUCAACUCUCAUCGAUGUGUGGAAGAAGGAGGCAGUGGAUCCCAACACGGAAGUAUUCCUCACUGCUGUGCGCAGCGUCAAUCCCGUCGCCGCAUUACAAUGCGAGCAUAUGAUGCGUCCGAGCACCAAGACACCGGACCCGUCAUCCACCGAGGACGCUACUGCUACUGCUAUGCCUGCAGUUCGUCCAGCGAAGUCGACCGAGGAACGGCGCUAUCUGGUUCAUCUUCUGGUGGCUCAUCAUGAACACUGCCAGUAUCAAGGUGUGUCCUGUAAUGGUCAUUGUUCAUUCUUUUCACAAGUGUUUCACAAAGGCAUUAGCUUCUCCCGUGUAAGCCUAUCUCUUUUUGAUUGUGUAUCUAUUGGGCACUUUCUCAGCACACAUUAUUGCUUUGAUAGCAGUACCAUUGAUUUCUCUGGCUCUGGCUUUGGGAAUGCUGGUCUGCGACGCGUUGCUGCUGGUCUGUCGCAAUGCAAGGGUGUACGCACGCUUAAUCUUGUCUUGAAUGCAUGUGACGAUGGCAGUAUACUGUCGUCCAUCAUUCAGUCUUUGUCAGGCAGUCUAGUGGAUGUCAGUGUGUAUGGUAAUCGUGUAGAUAGUGAUGGUGUUGUAUCAGUGUGUAAAGCAUUGUCUACUUGUUCUAAGCUGAGUGGAGCCGAUGUGACCUACCAUGGUAUAGGUAUAGGUGCAGGUGGUGUUGUCCCUCUGUCAUGUGUUAGUGAAGUUGUUGAGUCAUGCCCUAACCUGUGUAAGCUGAUUGCAUGGGACUGUGUUUUCCAGUAUGAUGAUGAUUGUUUGGAAAGGUUUGUCAGAGCUGUUCAGUAUCAUGCUGUGUUGCGUACACUAUGGGUUUCACGCGAUAUUCGUGAGCAUGCCAUUUUGCGGUCCCGGCUUGAGCAGCUUGUCCGUGACCCUACCUGUACCCUGUCUUCAAUCUCUGCUUGGUGA